AUGCGGAUGUGUCAUCGCCUCCUUCGGUGUGGUGUUGCCGGACCCUUUUCGGUGUCCCGUAUCACUCAGCGGCGUCUGCUCCACGCAGAGCCAGGGAGGAAGAGCAUGCAGGAUCAUCUUGCAGCCAUUGUGCUUGAGUGCGAUCGCGAUGCCGCACGCCCCUUCAACGGCUCUAUCUGCGCCGCAGCCCUUACCGCGGUUGGGGUGGGUUUGGGGGCCUUCACGUUUGUCUGGAACGUCGGCAAGCCCGUAGUGGAUGCUUACGCGAAGACGCAGGUAACUGAUUCCUGGGAUCAGGAGCAUGAAGAAGAAUGA